ACGGUUAGAGUAUCUUUAGCUAACGCCGUUGUGAGAGUCUACAUUUGCCACCCUUUUGCUCUAGGAUGGAUUUCCGAGUGUCGGUGUUUUUACUCGCAAUAUUCUUUCUUGUAAAGUGUGAAAAUACCGUAAAUAUCACAGUUUCAGAUUCAAACGCGAUUAAAACGGAAAUCUCUGUAACAACACCAGCAAGUUUAUGUACCGUGUGUACUUGUACAGAUGUCUUCGUGAACUGCAGUAGCCGGAAUUUAAAAAAUCACUUCACAAAUAUUCAAUGGCCAAAUACGACGAUCAAAGAAAUUUUAUUUGAGCAUAACGAUUUAGUGCACGUUACAUCUUUCCCAAAAAUAAUCGUCGAGAAAUUAAUUCUGCGAAAUAAUAAAAUCUCUGUAAUCGAUUAUCACGCCUUCAAGGAACUUGUUAAUCUUACCGAAUUGGACUUGAGUCAUAAUCAGUUGACGUCGGAACGCCUACAGCCACAUGUUUUCGAGGGUAAAUUCUCGCCAGUAGCGUACGAGCCUUUGUCAAAUUUGAGAGUUUUGAACCUGGCUGGUAACAUACUCCACUGGUUACAUCAAAGUGUGUUUGAGCAUCUUGUCGGCAUUAAGGUGUUGAAUCUCUCCGGAAAUCCCUUUGGCGUAAUCGACUAUCGUACAUCCAUAGCGAUCAGUAGCUUAUCAUACUUGGAGGAAUUAGAUAUCAGUUAUUGCGGAUUAAAGGACCUGCCAAAUUUUCAAUUUCACAAUUCCAAAUAUUUAAAAAGAUUGGACUUGACUAACAAUGAGCUCACAGUUUUGCCCAGAGCCUUGGAAGAUGCCAAGGCCUUGGAGUAUCUUCGUUUAGAUGCCAAUCCGAUACGCGUUAUCGAUCGCACGAACGCUUGUCCAAACUUGACGAAUCUGAAGGAACUCAGUCUACGCGAAAUGCCGAGUUUGACAGAAAUUGGGAACGGCGGCUUGUCGGCGUUAACUGGCCUGGAGAACCUCUACGUGCAAAAUUGCGAGAAAUUGGAAAAGAUAGAUGAGUACGCGAUAGCGAGCAAGACUGCGGAGGGCACGAUAUGGCCGCCAUUGAAAAUACUGAAUCUAGAGUCCAACGCUCUCCAAUAUUUACCGAUGUUGCUCGUUGGAAGAUGGGACAAUCUCGAAGAGUUGCACCUGAAGCACAACCAGUGGAGCUGCGAUUGCCGUAAUCAAUAUCUAAUCGGAACCGUGUUGCAGCAAAACGGCAAGAAGUUAAUGGGAGCCGAAGUCAGCGAGCUCACCUGUUCCGCGCCGCCGGAACUCGCGGAAGAAGAGCUCAUAUCUUUGACCGAUCGGCACCUACGCUGCUUGGAUUUGUACGACGCGAGACCGGAAAAGGACGCCGCGAUACUCGUCGGCGUGCUGAUCGGUUUGCUCCUCGCCAUUCCGGUCGGCAUGGCGCUCUUCGCCUUCUGGCGACGCGGUUUCAUCUUCUGCGGCUCGCAAGGUCCUGCCACCUUUUCCCGUGCCUUCUACAAGCGCGCGUCCAACGAUGACGAGAUUUAACCACGCAAUUUUUAAUCACAAUAUUUUUGGCUAAUACAGUUCUUUGCGUGCUUGCUUUUUGCUAAGAAACACAUUAAGAGAGAUUGCAUAUCGCAUUGCAGCAGCAUCCAUAAUACGGAUAAAAUAUCUAGUCUAGUUUUUUCAGAUAUAUGUGUCGCUUGAAUAUUUGUAUAUUUUGUAAAACUGUAAAAAGAAAGAGAGAGAAAGAAUGUGUGAGUGUAUGAAAGAGAGAGAGAGAAUAUUUUUUGUUCCAAUAAGCAUAUCUGCUAGAGCGCAAUCUACUAUACAACGCGUGUCGCACAAUGUAUUACGAUGUAUUAGUAUAAUAAAGAACUUGAAAGUUAA